AUGAUAACUUCAAUCCCGGCAUCAAGGAUAGUCACCCAAGAUAUAUGGUUACCAACCCAGAUCUGUGACCCUGUAUCAUCAGCUCACGAGCGAGGUAUCCAAAUCCUUAUCGUCACCUUACCGAUCUCCUUACUCAUAGUCGGGGUUAUCUUACCUCUUCUUUAUCUUCAUCUUCGAUCCAACAAAACCCAGACUUCAUAUUGUCAAUUAUGUUCUUCAGUUGGAGACCGUGGUGCAAAUUUCUCAACUUCAAAUCCUACUAGUUCAUUUGAAUUUGAUGAAGAUCGUGAAAACAAGGCAACAGACUCAACUUCUUUGAAGGAAGAUAUAAUGAUCAAUGCUAUGGAGUGA